AUGAGGACCAACUCUAUCAACAAUUUGAUGAGUGGAGUUGCAGUUUGUGAUUUGACUAAUAUGGCGUAUAUUGUCUUUACGAAAGUUCUAUCAAUAUUUGUUUCAACUCGAUGCUUCAAUAUUUAUGGAUAUUACAAAAUAUUCAUGGAACAUUGGUUCCAAAGAGCCGAUGAAAUUUUUCGUCCUUCUUCUGCAUGGCUCAGUGUUAUCAUAUCACUUGUUCGUGUUCUAGUCGUCAAAUUUCCGUUGAAUUCAAAAUUCGAUGUACUUUCCAAACCAAAAUUUGCAAUCGCUUCUAUUCUAGGAACUAUUUUUGUUUGGUUUUUGCCCGUUUUCUUUUUCAGAGCAGCAGACAGAAUUGAAGACGCAAAUUCGCCAUGGUGUAGUUUUUCAGAAAAUUACACCGAGCCACGAUAUCAGUAUGGAGUACCCGAAUAUUUUCUGUCAGGCUUGAUGAUGUCUUCCAAAUUGUAUCAAUACAUAGGCGGAUGUGGAAAGAUUGGUCUUACUGUUAUACUCCCAAUUCUCACCCUCUUGUUGGUCAUUGAAAUUCGAAAAGCAGAACGAAAUAGAAAUAAUGUUAUAGCCUCUCAAAGAACGAGCACAAAAAACAAUCAAACAACAAAAAUGAUUUUUUCCAUGACACUGGCUUCCAUGAUUACUGAAGGUAUUAAUGGAAUUCUCCUGUUCUGGACAACAGCCUAUCAGGAUGGUAGCUAUGAUAAUAUAAGCUAUAGGAGAAAGAUAUUUGUCAUCACAAGUUUUGAGUCCAUGAAUGGUAUAUUGAUUGUCCUGAACACCAUGUCACACUUUUUCUUCGCAUUGAUGCUAUCGUCUCAAUAUAAAAAUACUGCAAAAAAUCUGUUCAUUUGCAAAGUUCUUGGAAUACCAAAGUUCACUUCGAGCCGAGCAGUAUCAAAUAUAAAUAUGGCAAGUUCUACCUCAGCUAGUACCAACCACGGACUUGUCAAAGUUGAUUAA